CUGUGCUGGCUGCACCUCCUCACUUCGCCUUGACGCUGCUGAUCUUUCCCUGCACGACAAGCUCGGAACAAAGGACACCAUGAGGAACGCAGCGCUGAGGAUGCUGGCCGCCCUGACCUGCGUGCUGGCCGCAUGUGCGGAAGUCAUGCCUGUAAAAGACUUCAACCUGGAGAAAAUGGCAGGCAAAUGGUACAUGGUUGGAUUUGCUUCCAACGCUGUGUGGUUUGUGAACCACAAAGACUCCAUGAAGAUGGGAACUGCCGUGUUGGUUCCAACUGAAGGUGGAGACCUGGACUUGUCUUAUUCCAACCUCAAUGGUGAUGGUUCCUGCUGGAGGAUGACCCACCUGGCUAAGAAAACCGAAACCCCUGGACGCUUCACCUUCCGCAGCCAGGUUUGGAACAACGACAACGACAUGCGCAUCGUUGAUGUAGUGUACAACGACUACGCCCUGGUGCACACCAUCAAAACCAAGGACGGCAACUCAGAGGUCCUCAACAAGCUGUACAGGCGCUCCCCCGAAACCAGUGCGGUCCUGCAGGAGAAGUUCACGCAGUUCUCCCUGGGCACCGGCAUCCUCGCAGAAAACAUCGCCAUGCUCCCAAAGAACCCUGAGUGCCCCGAGGCCUGAAGGCCCUGAACCCGCCAACCCCAACCCCGCAUCACCCCACGAUCCUCAUGUCUGCUGCGUCACCAAGCCCCACCUCGGACAAUAAUACAACCAAAGUCAGCAACGCUGCAUGCAAAGCACACCUAGUUCAGACUUUAUUCUCUUUAACUUGCAUAUUAACAGUUGCAUUAGAGAAAACAAUAACAAUAAAAGGUUGACAGUGAGUCAAAUGGGAAAGAGCACAUGACUGUGACUGUGUUUUGUAACUGCUGAAUUCUUUUGUAGUGUUUUUUUCUUUUAUUAAAAUGAAAUAAAAGCCAAUAAAAAAUUUAAAACAA